AUGAAAAUGUCCAUAGUAAAGGGUAUAUUAUAUUUUCGUCUCGCUGUGGGUAAUUAUUGGGAGUGUUGUUCAUCAAAAAUUGUUCAGUUUUUAUGUAAAUGUUAUUGUUUUGUCUAUAUAAGCGUAACUACUUAUGUUUACUUUUCAAUAGGGUUUAAACCGGAUAGUCUAAAAGCUACGUAUGAUGUGAAUUUGUUUUCUUUCCUUAUUAUAAACGGAGGUUUCGCUAUUUGGAAUAAACAAGAGUAUUUUACAAGAUUUCAUUCCGGUAUAGUGACUCUAGACAAUAUUAUUCAUUUCACAAAGCCAAAAUCAGCUUGUCUAGUCGCUUACAUUACUUUGACAGUCAUUAAAUUAGUUUUUAAUUUAACGGGCAAUAUUUUUUUAAACCAAAGAUUUGAUUCAUUCUUAGUAAAUGAAAUGGCGGAAAUUUCGAAAACUGUAUCGAACUUGCCUUCAGUUAUGAUAUAUGAGAUGUUGUGGUCACGAAUGGCAUUUUUACGGAAAUGGCUGGAUUCAAAGUUAAUUCAUGGAAAUCUUGAUGAAAAGCAGUUUUGUCUAAGGAAGUUCUUACAUUUGUAUAAAACAUUGCUUGAUAAUGUUACAAAAGUAUAUAAUAUACUAGCUAUACAGGCACUCCUGGAGCUGGUUUACUAUUUUGUGACAUUGUUAGCUGAUGUACAUUCGGCCAUAGUGUUAGUGAUUGCGAAAGGCGCAUGGGAAAUAUCUUUAUCAAUUCUCUUUAUCUCAUUGAUUAACUUUGCACUCUUGUUAAUGGGCCCAUUGCUUCUUGAGCUGACGCUGAAUGAGUACGAGAAGCUGAUGUCUUUGAUUUCCACAGAGCUGAUCCAGUGCAAAGAUGAGGCCUAUCGUGAGCAGAUUCUCACCACUUUGGAGUAUUUAGAAGUCCGACCACCUCGCUACACGAUAUGGAGAAUUAUUUCUAUGGAUUUGAAACAAGUGGUAACUGUAUUCGAUCUCCUAGUAACUUACAUUAUUAUACUGCUUUCGUUCCAACUUUAA